GGAAACGUUUUUCAUUGAUGUGUACUACAUAUCAAGUAUGGUAACAUGAAUUCCAAAUGUCCAGCUAUACAGCAGCCACUUGCACUCGUAUCUCAUGAGAUUGUAGCUUUGUUGCCAAUUGGGUACCCGAUGAAGUGUCCUGACGGUACUUGCUGAUUAUCUCACGGAUUUCUUCUCCCUGCACGCUUUUUGCCUUGACGUGCGGUUGCCCUGGCGACAAGUCCUGCGCCAUGGAGGAAAUAAUGUGCAUGCAUGUGAUAUAUAUAUAUGGGGUUUGCUCUUUCUCUAUUUUUCGUGUAGCGACAGGAGAUGUUGGAGCAGAGAUGUCCGUUAAUUCCACUUUGGAUAACAGGACCAACACUUUAUUCACCUCCAAGUUGAGCGCCGCUGCUGACAUAUGCGUGGGACUUGCCAUCCUCGCAGUAGUGUUGCUCUCAGUUCUGGGUAACGGCAUUGUUCUGGUGAUCUGCUACCGGCGCCGGAAGAAGAUGGUGGGUUCUGAACUGCUGUGCGUCAACCUGGCCGUGGUGGACUUCCUGUGCUGCAUCUGCUUCUACCCGCUCUCCAUUGUGUCAUCCUUCCACCAUGCGUGGCUGGGCGAAUAUGUCACGUGCAUCUACUACGGCCUGGGCUGCUACAUCUUUGGCCUGUGCGGCAUGUUCACCAUCGCCGCCAUCAGCAUUAUACGCUAUCUUAAAACGUGCUACAGCUUGGUUUAUGCUGCGUGGUUGGAGAACACCAACAUUAGGCUGGUGUGCUGUGUCAUCUGGCUGGUGGCCACAGUGUGGUCCAGCUUCCCUCUCUUUGGCUGGGGCGAGUAUGUCCCAGAGCCCUACGGAUUGUCCUGCACCAUCGCCUGGCGGGGCUACCACACCUCAGCCAAGGACGCCUUCUAUGUCAUCUGCUCUUUUGCGUGCUUUACGUUGAUUCCUGUCUUGGUCAUCGUGAUGUCCCAUUGCCAGAUCUUGUACAAGAUAUCCCGCUUCUCUUAUUCACUGUCGGCGCGAGGCAUCCACAACAGCCUGCGGCGUGCUGAGAAACGACUCUCCAUGAUGUUUUUCUGCAUCAGUCUCGGCUUUGUCAUCGCCUGGGCACCGUACACCAUCGUGUCCUUCCUCUUCAUAUUCCACAAGGAGAACCAGUACAUGGCUCCUGAGGGCUUUGUUUUCCCCGCCCUCUUUGCCAAAAGUUCCCAUGUCUACAACCCGUUUAUUUACUUCUACUUCAACAAAACCUUCCAGAAGGAGCUCCAGUCCUUCCUGGUCUAUUUCUGGCCCAAAUUGGGAGGCAAUCGGGUUGGAGCCCAAGUCACUUUGAGCCACCCGGGUCCUGACCCCAUCUAUAUCCAGCUCCAGGAGCGAGGCUACAUCUGUCGGGCCUUUGCUUUAUCGAGGUAUCACACACAAAGCAAAAGCGCUAAAAGUAACAACACUAAGCACGCCCAUGCAAAACUGGUGAACACCUGCUGGGGGUCAACGCCAAAGAACACCGCCAAUCCCUUAAAAAAGAAAAGUGUCAACAAUUCUUUGGUUGCCUCUGUGACCUCUAUUUAAAAAAAUGUUUAGACCCAAAAAUACGAAGAGUCCCAUAAUUGCUGCUUUACAAUCAGAUAGAAGCAGACGGUGAAUUGAUUCCUUCAGCUUUCACAUUUAACCCUCUAAAAGCAAGGCGCUUUGUGCGAUAAAAGAGAUUCUGGCAGGUUAUGUAAGGGUUAUUUAAAAAAACAACAAAAAAAAAACAACAGGAUUAUCCCCAGUAGGACCAGUUUUUAUCGAUUCAUGCUAUCCUACCCGUCUGGUUGCUUUAUAUCAAGAGAGAGAACACAAUGUGACAAUGUCAGCUAUAGCUAUUUUGCUCAUGGAUCUUUUGCAUGGAAUUUGAAAGUUUUAUGUGUAAAAUAAGCCAAGCCAUUAAUUUUUGUUUUGCAGGGGACACCAUGUCAUUGAACUACGAAAC